AUGGGUUCAAACCAGUCAGCACCGGCUCCUCCGCCACCAACCGCUGCCAACCUGGGUGCAGAAGUGAAGACCCCCAGCACGCCUGGGAAGCCAAAGCCCUGCUGCGUCUGCACCGACGAGAAAGCCAAGCGCGACGAAUGCAUGCUCUUCUCUGACGCCAAAAACCCACAAGAAGACUGCGCCGACCUCGUCACGAAAUACAAGAUCUGCAUGAAAGGCUACGGUUUUGAGAUAUAAUGCGCUGCCGUGCGGGAGGUGAUGUAUGAUACGUGUUGGAAGCGGCAUAUAUUGUACAACAGAAGCAUCAAUUGGCGUUCGCGCAUUGGGGCAACCGCUACAUACCCACUUGUACAUGAAUGAAACCAACUUCUCUCCAACGCGCGACUCUGAAGAAAUGGGUAUCUUGGUAUUUGAAUGUCCUUGAAACGAAAACCACAGGCAUGGACU